AUGAGCGAGAAAAGCAAGAGAGAUCUUUAAUACGAAAGAAAGAAGAAAGAAAGAGAAGAGAGAUUAAAAAGGUAGCGAGAAGGUGAUGCUGGAAAAGAAUUUCCUGCAGAACAAUAGCAAUUUCCUCCAAACAAUUUCAAUGAAGUUCCUCCUCCAUCUAAUAAUGGAUUUAGAGGAUAAGUUAAAAAGGCAGACAAUUGGGAAGCUAAUGAGGGAUUCUAGCAAUAAAAUAAUGUCAACUAAAAUUUUGCUCCCCAAACAUAGAUAAAACAAGAUAUCAAUUUUGUUGAACCUUCAAGAAAUUUUUAACAAAAUUUUGGAUAGGAUUAGAUGAUACCCGUUUAAAAUAGUUUCCAUGCAAACCAAUAACAAUAACAAGGAUAGCAAUAAGAAGUAAAUAUGAGAAAUAACAAGAAGCAAUUUAUAUAAGCAUAGGUUGUCAAUUAGGCAAUAGAAGUAUAAAAUGCAAAUAUGCAAAUGAGUAACUAAUAAAAUGAAGGCUAAUUAGAAAAAUAAGCAAUUAAUGAUUAAAAAAUGCAAAAAUAGUAAUAUAAUAACAUCUUGCAAUAGUAAAUGGCUGAAAAGCAAAUUUAAUAGGAGAGAGAAAGGCAAUCAAAGGAAAUGGAAAGAUAAAAGAUGGAAGAAGAGAGGAAGAAAUUAGAAAUGCAAAAAAUGUAAGAGCAAGAAAGAGAAAGAAAGGAAUAAUAUAGAUUAUAAUUACAAGAAUAAAUGAAAAUGAAGGAACAGUCUUAACAGUAACAAUAGAUUCAAAAUUAAUAAGCAAUAGCUCCGACAUUCAAUUAAUAAUAGUAUAACAAUCAAAUACCAGCAUAAUAAUUUUAUGGAGGAAUGUAGUUUGAUAACCAGCCAAAUAAUGCUAACUAAAAGCAAGAAUAUCGCUAAUUUUUGAUGAACUAAAUGCAAAACAAGAAUCAAAAUAACAAUUAGUAGGUUGAUAAAAAGGCUUUAUUGCAACAGUAAAUGGAAAUUUAAAAUUCUUAGCCACCAGGCUUUGCACAAAAUUAAUUGCCUGUAAAUAGAACUAAUUUUGCUAGGAAAAAUAUCAAUAAUAUGUAUAACUAACCUGCUGCAAUGCCUUCUAUGAGUUAAAUCUAGAAUUAAGAAGGGAUGCCUUUAAAUUAAUAUGAAUAACCAAAUUAAAUUUCUUAAUAAAGGUAACCUAUUCAGCCAAUAAAUUAUCAUCACCAGUAGCAAAAUAUUGCAUCUACACCUUAAUUAAAUUAAGGGUUUUAAGAAGGAUUCUAAAAUAAUAGCCAAUAGUAUAACUAGCAUGCUCAAAAUGUUGGAGCAGGUUAGUCUAUCCCUUCUAAAUAAGAAGGUUUUUAAUAAAACUAGUCUGGAUUUAAAUAAAGUAAUGGGGACCAAGUUAGCGCAGUUAGAGGAAACAGAAACUUUAUGAAAGCUGAGAAUGCAGAUUUAGGGGAAGUUAAUAGAAAAUAAUAGCAGAUGCUAGAAUACAAAAGAGAGUUAGAAAAGUAAAGACAAGAAUAAGCUAUGAAAAAGAAAUAAGAAGAAGAAAGAAUAAAAAGAGAAGAACUUGAAGAAGAAAAAAGAAUUUAAAAGGAAUAAGAAGAAUUAAAAAGAAAAAUAGACGAAGAAACGAAUUAAAAAAAGUAACAACAGGAAAAUCUUUAAAAAGAGAAUGAAUAAUUAAGAGAACAAAAAUUGAAAAACAAAAGAUAAAAUGAUGGAUUUGCUGCUAAUGGCAGCGGAGCAAAGAUUAAAGCUGAAGAGAACGUUGUACUUCCUAUAAAUUUUGUUUCAAAGCAAUUUUUAAAUGAUGAAAAAAUCAGUGAAGGAAUUGAUCCUAGGGCUAGUCUUAUGGAAUUUCAUCGAAAGAAAUCAAAUCAAAAUUUAGCAGGAUAAGGUUCGAUGGUUUAAACUCCAUAGAAUAAUGUAAUGACUCCUAUGAGUCAAUAAUAAUAACAACAACAAUAAAUGUUCCCCAAUAAUAUGAUGCAAUAACCUAAUCCUUAUAUGUAACAAUAAAUGCAAUAACCUCCUAUGAUGUAUGGAAAUUAAUUUAUGAUGGGAUAGUAUCCUCCUAUGCCUUUUGCUCCUUAAAUGGCACCCAUGAUGAUGAAUCCUUAAUUGAUUUAAUAAUAAUAAUUCUUAGCGAAGUAAUAAGCAGAUAUUUUACCUUAACUUUAUGAAUUAAAAUUGCAGAUGUAAUAGCAGUAGCAUCAAAUUGAUUUGAUAAAAAGCUAAGCUAAUGUUGCCAUUGAUGAGAGGAAUAAAGCUGAACAAAAAUAUUUAGAACUCAAAAAAUUAUACGAACAAAAGUAAUAAGAAGAAAAGAAAUAUUAACAGUAGCUGUAAGAUGCUCUUAGCAAAUAUCAUCCAAGUAAUAAGCCUCACUAAUAACUAAAAAAAGAACUAGAUUUCAUCACUCCAACAACUCAAGGAGAAAAGUAUGAGGCUCCUUCUAAAUAUUAAUUUCACGCUGAUGAAAUUUAAACAGAGGCUGUUAAACCAUUUAGUAAUGAUCAAUAGAAUAAUAAAUAAAAGAAUCAAACUUUUGGAAACAGGAUUGACUCAGCAAAUUUAGGAGCAGCUUCAUAACCACAAAUAAAUAUUGUCAAAUAUCAGGAACCUCCUUCUUACAGCACAAAUUAAUAAAUAAAUAAAAAUAAUAAUAAUAUUAAUAACAGAUUAGGUACAUUAAAUAAUAUACCAACAAAUAAUAACAUAGAGUUAGACUCUAACCCUAAAUAAUUCGAUGAUAAUUUGUUAGCAGAAAAAGCUAAGAAAGAAUAUGAAUUCAAAAUGCACUAAUAUGGUAUGAAAUCUUUGGUGAGUAACAACAAGUUUAUUCCUUUAGAUAUUCUUGAUUAAGUCAAAGAUUCUUAGAUAACUAUGUCUAAAUUAGGAAAUUAUGGUGUAAAUGGCUCUUAGAUUAAUGUUUAGCAACAAAACCAUAUUUCUGCUUAGAAUCUAAAUCUGAACAACAAUAGUGGAUUUGCUAGACGCCCUUAAUCGUAUAAUAGAUCAUCUAAUGAUUUAGCAAGUAAAGAUAAUCACUUAAAAUAUGAUAUUCCUUCAAUUAAUAGUGAUAUAAUGAAAGAUAUUGACAAAAUAAUGCAAAAGAAUAAUAAUAUGGGUGACUAGUUUGCUACAUAGUAGAGUUUUUAUUAACAAAAUCCUAGGCAAAUUAAAGAAACAAACAAAAUUAAUAACGAAAAUCAAAACGAAGGAAACUCUUACAACCCUUAAAUUGGAUUUAACUAAAAUGUAUACGCCUAAAAGCCGCCUAGCAGAGUAGGUUCCAAUUAAGGUAUGAGAAGAACUGGAAAGGAGUAAAAUAACCCUUUUGGCUCAGCUGCAAGAGGUAUUUUGGGAGAUUCCAAAGCAUUUGAACAACAAAAGUAAUAAAAAUAGAUAAACUAAUCCAACACAUACAAGACUAAUGUUGAGCAAGAAGGCUACAAUCUUGGAAGCGAUUUUCCUGAUUUUUCAGUAAAUAACAAAAAGGGAUUCAGCAAUGGACUAGGUUCUAAGGCAAAAAUAGAAUAAAAUCCAAGUGAAGCUAACUUUUAAGCAAGCGAACUCAAUUUUAGAGCCAGUGGAAUGCUCAAAAAUGACAAUAAUAACAUAACAUAUAAUAAUAAUAACACUUAUAACACAAACAACUUCGAUAUUGAAAAAAUAAAUUAAAGAAACGAAGAGAGACUUAAAAAAUUAAAUUAAUUCAACAUUAACACAGUCAACAAUGAAACUCAUAAUAAUACCACAACUAAUAAUGAUUAAAAUUAAGAUGUUUAAGACAAAUUAGAACAAUUACUACAAAGAUUUAACCAAAUUAAUAAUGUCCAAUGA